GGUUGCUGCUUUGCCCGCAGGCCGGCUGUGGGGGCUGGUGACGCGGGCCGGCGCUCACGAGAGGCCCCGGAGGCGGGGUCUGCCGGCUGCCCAGAGAGCGGCAGGACAGAAAGCUUUGACCUCCAAGCUGUUUUAAAUCUAGUAGAUAAGCCAGGUGAGUAGGUGGUUUACAGACACUGAAGGUAAAACUUUUGAAGAAUUGUACAGACUUAAAUGGAUGCUCUGAAAUGAUACGCUAUUGCCACAAGCCUUUGGCCCACAUUUCAGUGGGAAUGCAGUUAGUUUGGAUAUCUGGAACUUUUUAGGCACCUGUCUCGGAAUUCCUGGUUGCUGGCCUAACGACUAUUGGGGGUUCAAGACCUGGCCAUCAGUGCAGGAUAGCCACACAGCAAAAUGUUUGCAAAACUAAAGAAGAAAAUUGCAGAAGAGACUGCUGUCGCUCAGAGGCCAGGAGGUGCUACUAGGAUCCCACGAUCAGUGAGCAAGGAAUCGGUUGCCUCCAUGGGAGCUGACUCAGGAGAUGACUUUGCGUCUGAUGGAAGCAGCUCCAGAGAAGAUCUUUCAUCCCAGCUUUUGAGAAGGAAUGAACAGAUACGGAAAUUAGAGGCCAGGCUUUCUGACUAUGCUGAACAGGUCCGAAACUUGCAGAAGAUAAAAGAGAAGCUUGAAAUUGCAUUAGAAAAACACCAGGAUUCUUCCAUGCGGAAAUUUCAAGAGCAGAAUGAGACAUUCCAAGCCAACAGAGCCAAAAUGGCAGAAGGACUGGCUUUGGCAUUAGCCAGAAAGGACCAGGAAUGGUCAGAAAAAAUGGAUCAGCUUGAAAAGGAUAAAAGGUUUCUGACAGCUCAGUUACAGGAAAUGAAGAACCAGAGUUUGAAUCUUUUCCAAAGGAGAGAUGAAAUGGAUGAAUUAGAGGGGUUCCAGCAGCAGGAACUAAGUAAAGUAAAGCACAUGCUUUUAAAAAAAGAAGAAAGUUUGGGGAAAAUGGAGCAAGAACUGGAAGCAUGUACCAGAGAACUUAGCCGCACCCAGGAGGAGUUGAUGAUCUCCAACCAGAUGUCAGCAGACUUAAGCCAGAAGAUAGAAGAGCUUCAGAGAAACUACUCAACGCUGGAAGAGCAGAGAGAUCAUGUGACAGCUUCAAAAACAGGUGCAGAAAAUAAGAUCACAGCCCUGGAGCAGAAGGAACAGGAACUCCAAGCCUUCAUUCAGCAACUUUCCAUUGAUUUGCAAAAGGCCACUGCUGAAACUCAAGAGAAAGAAAAACUCAUCACACAUUUGCAGGAGAAGGUUGCAUCCUUGGAGAAGAGACUGGAGCAGAACUUAUCAGGGGAAGAACAUGUACAGGAACUUCUAAAAGAGAAAACACUUGCUGAGCAGAAUUUGGAGGAUACCAGACAGCAGCUCUUGGCAGCCAGAAGCAGCCAGGCCAAUGCCACUGACAGCCUGGAGACUCGGGUGAAAGAACUAGAGCAGAGCCUGCAGGCAUCUGAGGAGAAGCUAAAACAGAGCAGUGACGUUGUGGCAGCUCAGGAAGCUCAGAUUCAGGAGCUUGCCUCCGCAAACAAGGAGAGCAGCUGUGCACAGCAGCAGGUCCUCGCUCUGGAGCAGCAGUGCACAGAGCAGAUCCACACACUGGAGGCCCAGCUCUCUGCCCUGGAGAAAGCUCGGGCAGCCGACCAUGCGGCCGCGGAGCGGAAGGUGAGAGAGCUGGAGCAAGAAAAUGCAGGCCUUAAAGAAAGUAAGAAUGAAUGUGAACAUUCUCUACAACAUCACCAACUUGAACUAAAGAAGCUGAAGGAAGAAUGGAGCCAAAGAGAAAUUGUGAGUGUGGCAAUGGCUCAAGCCCUGGAGGAGGUGCGGAAGCAAAGGGAAGAGUUCCAGCAACAGGCUGCUAACCUGAUCGCCAUAGGAGGUGAGAAGGAGCAGAGUCUGCAGGAAAAAACGGAAGUGAUUCUCCAGAAAGAGCAAGAGAUUCUCCAACUGAAGAAAGGUCACGACUCCGCCCUGCUGCAGAUGCGCCAGCUGCAGAGUGAGCUGGAGGCCCUGAGGGGCCUGAGGGCCGAGCAGUCGGAGGCUGCCGACGACGCGCGGGAGGACCUGCUGAGGCUGCGGAGCCGGGAGCAGGGCGUGGUGCUCUCAGUCAGCGAGCCUCAUGUGACCUCGAGGGCCGGGCAGGACCCCGCGUACCAGCUUCCGGCUGCAGAGGGGAUACCAAAUGGUGAGAUGGGGACCGCCAUGGAUCUAGGGCAGCUACAGAAGGAAAAACAGGACUUGGAGCAGCAACUUCUAGAGAAAAAUAAGACCAUAAAGCAGAUGCAGCAGAGGAUGCUGGAACUCAAGAAGACGCUGCAGAAGGAGCUGAAAAUCAGACCUGAUAACGAGCUUUUUGAAGUCCGGGAGAAGCCUGGGCCUGAAAUGACAAACAUGGCCCCUUCUGUCACGAAUAAUGCUGACCUGACUGAUGCCCGCGAGAUCAACUUUGAGUACCUCAAACAUGUGGUUUUAAAAUUCAUGUCCUGUCGCGAAUCUGAGGCUUUUCAUCUUAUAAAAGCUGUGUCAGUGUUGCUGAACUUUUCACAAGAGGAGGAGAACAUGCUCAGAGAAACCCUGGAGUAUAAGAUGUCGUGGUUUGGGUCCAAGCCAGCUCCCAAGGGCAGCAUCCGGCCAUCCAUCUCCAACCCUCGGAUACCAUGGUCCUAGGCGGCACCACCCAAGGAUGAACCUCCAAGGGCUGACACUUUUUCUGUGAAAAGAACACUGACACACCAGUCUGGGUGGGUUUUUAAUCACUGUAACUGCAGUAUUUUGUACAAGCAUCUGAACAUUGUUUACAAGACUUAAGGCCCACUCCUGCAGACUGAUAAGAACCUCAGGAGGUAGCUGAUCCUGUUGUUCUGGUCACCAGAGGGUUCUGGCACUACCCACAUUUCCACAGUGCUGCUAAAAUCCCAGCUCUGGCCAGCACCCAUCUGCCCCUGAAUCCUCUUUCAAGGUGAGCACUUAAAGCUGAAGCCCUCAGCAUGUGUCAGAGAGGAGGCGGCUGAUCUACCGUGUGGUGAUGACGCUGGACAUAGACAGCCCUUCAAGAUGGUGCCCAGCAGCCCAGACCCACCUAGUUCUGCCACGAAGAGCCAACUCAGUGAGGCCGGCCUUUAAAAACUCCCUUUCCCUUUCAGUAUGUUUGGGUUCAGAUGAGUUAGAAGCAGCUUUUUAACCCUUUCUCCCAAGGAAACAUUAUUUCACGUCGUUUCCCAGACCACCGAGAACUUUAGUUGUGUCCGUCUUUAAGGUACUCUGGGGCCAGUGUGGAUUAAUGAAUAUGCACCUUUCUGACAGUAUCUCAUUUUACUGAAGAAAACUAGCAAAUGUAUAAAAAGAUCCUUAGUACCAAAUACACUCAAUUGCCUUUUUAAUGAAUGUACUUGUCUUGGAUAGGUUGCUGGUAAACCAUUUUAAACUAUUUUUUAUAGCUAAAGUUCCUUGCUAUUAUAAACAUGUCUUCUGUAUUAUAAAAUCCAUUUAACUGGUGUUCUUAAAGGAAAAUCAGAGCAUCAAGAGGAAAUUAUUUCUAAGAUUGGGAGCCCUGUCUCUUUGGAAUGUCACUAGCAUUCUUUGGCAGCUGCUUCCCUCUGAAGCAGUGGUGGUGUUUCAUUUGUUUAGCUCUUAAUUCUGUGUUGUAACACUGAGCAAAUGCUAAUCACAUUUUCUACUGCUAAGGACAGUCUGCUGUAUUCAAAGGAAGCAGCAGCUGUCCCUCUCCCCAGGCUUGACCAAAACGUUGGAGGGUGGACUGCCUUGUAAGUGGAGCCACCGUCUCUCCCUGUCUGUCACCCUACCCCCAAAUAUUUAAGAUGACACUACAUUCAUGUAUGGCAACCAGGCAGCCCCCAGCUGGCUGCAGUACUUGAUAGCAUGCAAAUGGCUCUGGAACUGACUGAUAAAAACGUGUAUUAGUUAUCAUUAUAAAGAAAAGGGAAUGUGCUUGCCCUGGAUAAGGCACACUAUCAAAUCUAAAGGGAAACCAUAUAUUGAGUUAUAGUUUGAUGAAAGUUUUAUUGGUUAAAUAAAAAACUGAAUAACUGGAGCUCCUAAAUUUAUCAUCAGUUAUCCAAUGAUGUAAAGUUAUGUUUCUCAACUAUGUUUAGGGUUAAAAUAAAGUAUGUCUCACAGGAAAACAAGGAUUUGCAAUUAACAUAAGACAGUUCCGUGGACCUAGAAGUACCAAGCAAGGGCAGCAUCACCCUCGUCCCCACUUGGGCUCUCUGCCAUCCAAGUGACCCAUUCUCCGGUUACCUACCUCCUCCUAUGGCUCCCCCUGCAGAUGUCUCACCUGUGUUUAGAAUGCUGUUUUCCAUAUAUCUGGUGGGGACACAAAACAGGAGUCCCUUCUGUUCCAUAAUUUUGAUGAAUAGGAGGUAGCUCUUCCAGCUCUUCCAGGAAAGAGUCCCUAAGAUUGGGUAGUUCAGGGCUUGCUAGAGGCGACUACCACACAGCCGUGGGAGCCCCGCCCGACUCCCCAGUGGCUUCUCCAGCCCUCGAGCUGGUCUCACCCACCACCCACGUUCGCCGGCCAUUUUAGGCGUCGUUGGUUGUGGGGCCCCUCACUAAGUCUGUACUUGCACAGGGAGGAUUCAUUCUAAUCAGGCUUUCCUCCUGCAUGUUGAAUUUCCUUCAGCUUUAAGAAGAGUGGAAUAAAUGUUUUAAGUGAUUUGAUGCACUUUUACUUGUAUAAAAAGUUCUGUGAUAGAGACAGUAUAUAUAGUCCUUUAUAUGAGCAUUGGAUCUUGAUCUCACCCUCCAUGUUGUACACAGGGAGAUUGUAUUAUCUAAAACUGCUGUAGAAAAUUCACUUGUGGUGCAAUACACUUUUUGAUUAAAGCUCUUCAAUCCAGAGGCAGUGGAUUUAAUUGA